AAUUAGUUUAUAUGGUAUCAAGUAAAUGAUACAUCAAUUCAUCUAUUUUUUUAGCUAUAUAAUGUAUUCAUUAAUCAUAUUAAGUUCUUGAGUAGAUAGAUAUGCAGUAUCCUGUGCAUAAGAAAAAAUGUAGCAGUGAAGAAAGAACGAAUCUCAUAGAAAUUAAAGUUAAGAGGUCGUUUCCUUUUGAAGAAGAUUCUGAGAUGAGCAACCAAAUAAAAAAAUUUAAAGCACGUACCAAUCAAGUGCCAAACAUUAUGGAAAGCUCGUCUAUAUCUAAAGGUUUUAUGAAACAUUCAAAGAUACCAUUAGAGACAUUAAGUGAGAAACGUGUUUCACUUGCUGAAAAAAUGAGGCCAAUGUCUAUUGCAAAUUAUAUUGGACAAAAACAAAUAAUUGGCCCAGGUACUGUUCUAAGGCGCUUGUUGGAAAAAAGAGAAAUUCCCAGUAUGAUAUUUUGGGGUCCACCUGGGUGUGGAAAGACAUCAUUGACCAAUGUAAUAGAAUGCUUGAGUAAGGAAACAACGGGUAAUAACAUACAUAUUGUACGCUUAUCUGCAGCCAACUCUGGUGUGAAAAAUGUAAGAGAUGCCGUUACCACUGCACAAAAUAAGUCCAAAUUUGGAUACAAGACUGUAGUGAUUAUGGAUAAGAUUCAUUGUUUCAACAAGCUUCAACAAGAUAUAUUCUUGCCACAUGUAGAGGCAGGGACAAUUACUUUAAUUGGAUGUACUACUGAAAAUCCAUCCUACAGUUUGAAUCCGGCCUUAUUAAGUCGCUGCCGUGUGUUUAUGUUAUAUAAAUUAAUGGAAUCUAACAUAAAGGAGAUUCUUCAUAAAGCAAUAGGAUAUAUAAAUGAAAAUGUAUUUGAUACAGGAGGGGAGAAUCACAGAGACCAUACUAUGUUUUAUCCUACUUUAAACUCUAAAUUUCAUAUUGACAAAGAAACAUUACAGUGGUUAUCGGAGGCAUGCGAUGGUGAUGCACAUGUUGCUUUGAAUACGUUAGAAUUGGCAGUACUUGCAAAAGAACCAGAUAAAUUAAGGACAUCAUGUAACAACGAUUUCAAAAUAACUGUAAAAGAUGUGAGAAAAUAUUUAAUACAAACGCAUCUGCUCUCUGAUGAAGAAAGCAGUCAGAGUCACCACAUAUAUUCUGCGCUUCAUAAAUCAAUAAGAGCUGGUAAAGUAAAUGCAUCACUAUAUUGGAUGGCCAGAAUUAUGGCUGCCAAAGAGGAUCCGGUAAACAUUGCAAGGCGACUAGUUAGGAUAUCUAGCGAAGAUAUUGGUCUAGCUGAUCCAGACGCCUUGGGUAUAGCUGUCCAUACAAUGCAUGGGUGUCAAAUGAUUGGCAUGCCCGAGUGCGACGUACUUUUAGGGCAAUGUACUGUUUAUUUGGCAAAAGCACCAAAGUCUCGAUCAGUAUACAAUGCGUUAAAAGCAGCCGAAAAAAUUAUCUUGGAAUGCAAAGGCCCUCAACCCAACAUACCAUUGCACAUGAGACUUGAUUCAAGGGAAGCAACAAAGCUACACAGCCUUGAUUGUUCCACCUAAUAAGGCAAGUUACAAAAGAAGACUCUUCUACCUCAGCAGUUACGAUGUAAACUUUUUCAAGGGGAAAACAUACUUUUGCGUGUAUUAAUAAUUGCAUAAUUAAUAUUUUCUCUAUACUCUUCAGUUAAAGUUACAGAAAUUGUUAUAUAAUUAUCAAAUACUUUUGUUUAACCAUUGUUAAUAACAUAUGUGCAUUUGUCAGUGCUUUGUAAGGAAAUCCUAAUGAUUCCAGCAUAUUACACGUUAACAUUGUGAAAUCGUUAAA